AUGGACACACUAUUUGUCUUGACAAUAGUUACCUUGGAAUUUAGGUCUGGUUUCCUAUCCACUUCCCUGUUCCUAAUCAUAUCUAACAUUCAUGAGCUUCUGUUACCCUCUGAUUUUGCAGACUAUCGUAGGCUUCAGAGAGAAUCUCUUAUCUAUGAACUUGGUUCUCUUGCCAUCUUAAGCCAGCACCUGCUACAAUCAAGACCCCCUCUCGCGGAAGUGCAUUUGCUGAGCUGAAAUCCUCAGGCCUUCUUCAGAGGGUUUGGCUCUUGCAGCCGAACAGCUGAGAUGCUAACUAGACAGAUUACAGUGUUUGGAGAACAACCAUCAGCACUGGCUAGGAACAGUAGCUCCUUCCUUCCUCAGGUGGCUUUACUUCCACUGCCUCCACAAAGACCUUCUCACGAUGGCCUGCUUUUCCUGGCUGAUGGCACUAUUGAGAACCACGCUGGAGUCAAGUAUUUUGAAUGCUGA